AUGUUUGAUCCGACGCUGCGUGGAUGCACGGCCGCUCGCUCCGCCGCCCGCUCCGCCGCCCGCUCCGCCGCCCGCUCCGCCGCCCGCUCCGCCGCCCGCUCCGCCGCCCGCUCCGCCGCCCGCUCCGCCGCCCGCUCCGCCGCCCGCUCCGCCGCCCGCUCCGCCGCCCGCUCCGCCGCCCGCUCCGCCGCCCGCUCCGCCGCCCGCUCCGCCGCCCGCUCUGCCGCCCGCUCCGCCGCCCGCUCCGCCGCCCGCUCCGCCGCCCGCUCCGCCGCCCGCUCCGCCGCCCGCUCCGCCGCCCGCUCCGCCGCCCGCUCCGCCGCCCGCUCCGCCGCCCGCUCUGCCGCCCGCUCCGCCGCCCGCUCCGCCGCCCGCCCCUCCGAACGCUCCGGCAGGUUUGAAAUGGUAUUAGACAACGCCCGAUCCUGCAGUGAUCCUAGCCCGCCUUUCGCUAAGAGAAGCUACCUUUUGCCCAAAUACAGCAUCACCGUUGUCAACGGGAAGCGUUUAGUGGAAGAACGUACACCGUAG